UUGAACAAAGCUAUCAGCACUGAACAUACUGUAAGAUAUUUAGCUGUCAAAAUUACAUAUAAAAUUUUAUUUUACUUUAUUUGCUGUAACAAUUCGUAUCGUAGCGGUACAUUUGUGUUUAAAGUGCGCGCUUGGUUUCAAAAAAGUCAUUAAAUUUUCAAAAUGUCUUCACCUCAAAUAAAAGAUAUAGAUGAAAUAUAUUUUUUUGGUUGGGAUAUGCUUGUGAAAUCCAUUGAAAAGGAUAUUGUAAAGAAAGCUGAUGUUGUGCUAAUAUUAGCGCACUUCAUGCUUGUGAUGCAUUAUAAGUUUCAAUGUUUAGGCAUCGGGGAAGAUCAAACAUUUUCCGAGGACGAAAUUGGUUCGGAGUUGUUGCCAGAGUUGUGGAAUGCUGAGGACUUUGAUUAUAGACUCCGAUAUUUGCAAAAUAACCAGUUGUAUCUUCUAAUAGGAAAUGUUAUUUCUGAAGGUAAAAUACUGCUUAACUUGCUGAGUGUGGAGAGCAAAAAUGUGUCAAAUAUCUUAUUUGAUCCGGAGGAAGUAGUUAAAUCCUUUAAUGGAAAAAUUUAUACAAUGAUACCAGACGCCGCAGCCAUUACUGAUCGUAUUCGUAGAGAAUUAAUCGAGACUGUUAUAAUAUCCCGUAACGCAAAUGAGGCUUGUACUCAAACUGAAACUGAAAGAGUUCCACGUCAAUCUAUUGACCCAAUGCGUGCAACUGUCCCUUCGAGUCUUAGAGGUCAAUUUGCUAGCCCACGUCAUCAAAACGAGUUUCCGCAAGUAGAUCGUGGAAAUUUGAAUCCUUUUGGACCAGGUGCUACUGGUAAUUUAUACCCCCUUCCUUUGCAUAAUCUUUUUGGAUAUACCUUGCCAGAAUUUCAGGUUGUUGAUCUAACCGGUGGAUUUAUUUUCCAAAAUCAAUUUUCUGAUCAUUUCCACCCAUGGCAACAUUAACUUUUUCAUGUAAUGUAAUGAGCUUAAAUUAAAAUUACUUAAAUAUAUUUGAAAACAUUUUCGCAAAAUUAAU